UACCAUCUGUUUGCUGUUCUCAUUCACACAGGAGAGAGACAUGACUAUCGUGGAUCCUCUGGGAAGCCUCAACAACAUCCUGAUGCUGACGAGGCAGAGAAGAGUCUCUCCAGAUCAGAACACCAGAUGGACAACGCUAGCCCUUCCUCCCUCCUGGAGUCCCCGUGUCAUGCCUCUCCCGGUAGCGCCUUACUGCUGGGUAUGAAGAGGUUGUCUGUGCUGCUGGUGGACUGCAGGAAAACAACGGGGCUGAGUGGAACUGUGAGAGGAGGAGAAGAGAAGAAAGGAUCAGAUUUGACACACCAAAGAGAAAUACCAGACUCAGAGGAACCAGAGCCAGGGACGUCCAAACCAGGAAGACGACACCAGUGCUCCCAGUGUGAAAAGAGUUUUAACCACAUACGUAACCUGAAAACACAUAAGACAAUACACACAGGGGAGAAGCCUUACCACUGCUCCCAGUGUGGAACGGGUUGUAACCGGUUAAGGGACCUGAAACAACACGAGAGAAUACACACAGGGGAGAAGCCUUACCACUGCUCCCGGUGUGGAAAGAGUUUUACCCAGUUAUGUAACCUGAAAACACAUGAGCGUAUACACACAGGGGAGAAGCGUUACCACUGCUCCCAGUGUGGAAAGAGUUAUACAACAUUUGGGAGCCUGAAAAUACAUGAGAGAAUACAUACAGGAGAAAAGCUGUACCACUGCUCCCAGUGUGGAAAGAGUUUUAACCAGAAAGGAUACCUGAAACAACACGCGAGAAUACACACAGGGGAGAAGCCUUACCACUGCUCCCAGUGUGGAAAGAGUUUUAACCAGAAAGCCCACCUGAACCAACAUGAGAGAAUACACACAGGGGAGAAGCCUCACCACGGCUCCCAGUUUGAAACGGGUUUUAACAAGUUAAGGGACCUGAAACGACAUGAGAGAAUACAGACAGGGGAGAAGCCUCACCACUGCUCCCAGUGUGGAAAGAGUUUUACAAUGUUGGGGAGCCUGAAAAUACAUGAGCGGAUGCAUACAGGAGAAAAGCCGUACCACUGCUCCCAGUGUGGAAAGAGUUUUACAACGUUAGGGAGCCUGAAAAUACACGAGAGAAUGCAUACAGGAGAAAAGCCGUACCACUGCUCCCAUUGUGGAACGAGUUUUACCCACUUAAGUAACCUGAAAACACACAAUAGAAUACACACAGGGGAGAAGCCUUACAACUGCUCCCAGUGUAGAAAGAGUUUUACCCACCUGUGUAACCUGAAGACUCAUGAACGAAUACACACAGGGGAGAAGCCUUACCACUGCUCCCAUUGUGAAAAGAGUUUUACAGAGUUAGGUAACAUGAGAAAACAUGAGAUAAAACACAGAGGAGAUCAAGAUGUUGGCUUCUGAACAGUAUGACAUCGGGAAGAUGAAUGCUUCUGAACAGUGGGACAGAUAAAGGUCCAAUACAUGGUGGGUCAGUAGUCCCCAGAGACUCUGAAUGUGUCUUGACUUUCCAGUGUUUUCCGUACUGCAUGUAUUAUAGUGGAUUGUGUUUGUUUGCUGACGUCACAACAUAAAUGUCCAUGUAAAUGGACAAAGUAUAUCA